AUGGCCAAAUACGUCCCCCGUCAGAGAAAGCACAAGGUGCUCGCCCGUGAAAAGGCAAAAGAAAAUGCCCGUCAUGAGGUUGAAGACACCAACCAGGAUGAGCUUCUGCCCACGGACAAGGCCGAGCGCGAGGCCAAGAAGGCUCAGAUGAGGGCGGAGCUCCAACAAGAAGGCGCCAAGAUGAGCGGCAAGAAGGCGAAGCGCCUGGAAAAGUACAUUGAGGGCAAGCUCCGCAAGGACGAGAAUCGCGAGCUCAUCGCCAAGCUCGCGGACCGCAGGAUCGAUACAAGCUUGUUCUCGAGUAGUCGAUCGUUGGGUCAGGGUCGUGAGACGAAGAAAGAGGCGAUUAGGAGAGCGAUGAGGGAGGAGAAGGCGGGUCUGGAGGGUGGUGAGGAAGAGAGGGAGAAGAUUCUGCUGGAGAAGAGAAAGGAGGUUGACCCGGAUCAAGAAAGCUCCAGCGAUGAGGAAGAAGAUUCAAACGAGGUGGAAAAGGAGCCGACCAAAUCUGAAAGCGCUUCCAAAGCACCAGCACAGCCAAAGCCAGCGACCAGUGCACCGGCAGUUGGCUCAGGUCUCAAGAGACCUCUCGAAGUCGACGACGAGGGACGACCAGUCAUCCAAAAGCGACAAAAGCGAGGCGGUGUCAAAUCAAAGUUCUCCCUGGCCCAAGUCGAAGCUCCACCAUCCGAGGAGUCUGAGGACAGCGACAGCGAAAGCGACGAAUGGAACGGAUUCAGCGACGAUGCGGCCGAGCCCCAGAAGGACGAGAGUUCCAGCGGAGAAGAAUCCGAGGAUGGCGAGGGCUCCAGCGAGAGGUCUGAGGAAGGAUCGGAAGAAGACUCCGAGGACGAAGACGAAGAAAUGGAGGAUGAUGAUGGAGAAAAGGCACAGAGGUCAUCCUCUUUCAAGGCUUGGGCUCAUCAGCAGCGAAAUGAAGCGCUGGGCUACCAAUCGAUCGAAGGAACGACGACGAAUCUCGAAAUCCCGAAACCAGACAACUUUGUCCCUCGAGCCCCUGAGCAAGACCCCUUGCCCAUGGAGCUGAAGCCGACCGAGAAUAUCAACCGAAAAGGAUACAGUGUGUCUGUCACCAGAACACCGGAGGUUCAGGAGGCGAGACUCAAGCUUCCUGUGGUGUCAGAGGAGCAGAGAUUGAUGGAGGCUAUCCAUAACCACGACAUUGUCGUAAUUUGCGGUUCUACAGGUUCUGGAAAGACCACGCAGAUUCCUCAGUUCCUCUACGAGUCGGGAUAUGGUUCUCCUGGCUCGCCAACUCCUGGAAUGAUUGGUAUCACACAACCCCGCCGAGUCGCUGCCGUCAGUAUGUCGAAGCGAGUUGCCGAGGAGCUGGGAGACAAGUCGGAAGUCGUGGCAUACCAAAUCCGAUUCGAGGGCACGGUAGACCCCAAGACAGCUAUCAAGUUCAUGACUGAUGGUGUGCUGCUUCGAGAGGUUGCUCAGGAUAUCACACUGAAGAAGUACUCUGCUAUCGUCAUUGACGAGGCCCACGAAAGGAGUGUCAACACUGAUAUUCUUAUUGGUAUGCUCAGCCGAGUCAUCAAGCUCCGAGCAGAACUGGCACAGGAGGAUCCCACUGUUAGGCCCCUGAAGCUCAUCAUCAUGUCCGCCACGCUGCGCAUCGAAGAUCUCACUAUGAACCCUACUCUCUUUUCGACACCGCCACCUGUUCUCGAGGUUGAAGGUCGACAGCAUCCUGUUACGAUUCACUUUUCUCGAAGAACUCAGCACGACUACGUUGACGAGGCGUUCCGCAAGGUCAGCAGGGGUCACAAGAAGUUGCCUCCAGGUGAUAUCUUGGUCUUCUUGACUGGCCGCAACGAGAUCUUGCAACUCAGCAAGCAACUUAAGGCUGCUUUCGGAGGUCCUAGGACAGCAGAGGGGCCCAAGGUGCAAAUAUCUGCCACCGAGGCUCCUGUUGAGGUGGAAGAUAUUGAGUUUGGCGACGUGGAUGAUCAUGGAGGUGAUGAUCUAGAUGAUCUUCCCUCAGAUGAGGACGACGAAGAGGAUGAGGAUGAGUUCCAGAUCGAGGAAGACCAAGAGGUUGCGCCUCUGAAGAUGCGAGUUUUGCCACUCUACUCUCUGCUCCCAACUCGAGAGCAGAUGCGAGUCUUUGAGCCUACUCCUGAGGGUACACGAAACAUCAUUUUGGCAACCAACGUUGCUGAGACCAGUUUGACCAUCCCUGGCAUCCGUUACGUGUUUGACUGCGGAAGAUCAAAGGAAAGACAAUAUGACCGGCUCAGUGGUGUUCAGAGCUACGAUAUCGGAUGGAUCAGCAAGGCGAGCGCAAACCAGCGAUCUGGUCGUGCUGGUCGUACCGGCCCUGGCCACUGCUACAGGCUCUAUUCUUCUGCGGUUUACGAACGAGAUUUCCCAUCAUUCACAGACCCUGAACUGCUACGUAUGCCCAUCGAGGGUAUCGUGUUGCAGUUGAAGGCCAUGAAUCUGCAGCAUGUUGUCAACUUCCCUUUCCCUACUCCUCCAGACCGAAGGGCCCUCGCCAAGUCGGAGAAGCUCCUGACAUACCUUUCAGCCAUCUCAUCUACCGGUCAGGUUACCCAGGUCGGCCAGACUAUGUCGGUGUUCCCCCUGUCGCCCCGGUUUGCGCGCAUCUUGUUGGUUGGCCAUCUGCAUGACUGUCUCCCCUACACGAUUGCCUUGGUAGCCGGUUUGUCCGCCGCUGAAGUCUUCCUCCCUGAGAACCAAGCAGUUCCAGCGUUGACUGCAAAGGAUGAUACCGUCAUCCGCACCACGGCCGACGUCAUCGCCGAGGAUCGCCAGGCCAACGUGCGAAGGAUGUUCAACUCAGUCCACAAGAACUUCUGCUAUCUAGACGAUCGAUCCGACGCCAUCAAACUUCUGCAGGUCGUGGGAGAAUUCGCGCAUGAGCCCACUGAGGAGUGGUGCGAGAGUCACUUUGUCCGAUUCAAGGUGCUCAAGGAGAUCCAGCAGCUGCGGAGACAGAUCACGGAGCUCCUACGGACAAACGUGGCGGCCUUUGCCAAUCUCAAGUACCAGGAUAAGUUGGAUCCUCCGUCGCCGAAGCAGGUUGCUGCGUUGAAGCAGAUGGUUGCGGCUGGCUUUGUCGAUCAGGUUGCUAUUCGGGCGGAUCUUACACCGAACCCCCCUGAGCAAUAUCGCAAGCCUCGACGACCAAUCGACGUUCCUUAUAUCCCCUUGAUGCCCAUUCAUACCGGACAAGAGGUUGAGAGCGAUCGUGCUGUAUAUAUCCAUCCCACGUCGCCCCUUGCCCACCUCAGUGUCCAGGAGUGCCCCGAGUACAUCGUCUACUCAUAUCUCCAGCGCGCCACACAGUCGGCUGUCGACUCGGAGAAGCGACCCAAGACCAGAAUGCACGCCCUCACAGACGUGACAGGCGGACAACUAGCAGGGCUGGCCAAGGGAACACCACUCAUCACAUACGGCAAGCCGAUCAAGGAGCUCAAGGCUUCGGCUGGCACAGACGGAGCUACCGUGCGGGAGUGCUUCGUCGUCCCAUAUCUGAGGGCCGAGAGCGCAGGUGGCCAAGGAUGGCCGCUGCCAGCGAAGAAGGUGAAGCAGAGAAAGGUUCCCGGCAAGGGAUGGGUUGUGGAGUGA